GGUCAUCGUCGCAGCCCUGUGAUGGUUUUGGCAAAGUGAGGCAGCGUCUUCAGGGGGAGAGCCACUCCUAAGCAAACUGGCAACACUUGACCGGUCCUCCUAUUUGAAGAAGCAACCAGUAGACCAGUCACUGUGGUUUGCAUCCAGCUAAGAAAAGUGCGUCAGCCCCUGAAUCCUGACUACAUCUGAGUAGAGCGGAAAAGCAAAAUGGAUGGCGUAGAUACCCUGCAAAGCUCCACCGUGGAGACCAAAGCUGAGCGAAUCGCCCGCUACAAGGCUGAAAGGAGGAGGGAGCUUGCUGAACGCUAUGGCAACACAGAUGAAUUCACCUCCAAAUAUGUCCGAAGGGACAGGAAAAUUGGCGACUCAUCCGAGAUGGUCUCCUCAACAGUGAAAGAGGAGAAGAAGAAGUUCGAGGAUAAGGAGCCAGAGGAGACCCAGACCAGGAGUGGCAUCACGGAUAAGUUUGCGGAGCUCGACGAACAAGCUGACAGUGAGUCCUCCCAGGACACAGGGGGCAGCAUUAACCCAAAAAAAGACUCCACUUUAUCCUCAGAAUCCAGUUUGGCCUCCACCAUGAAGCUCUCCUCUCAUUCCAGACUGCUGGAAACCGUCAGCCCGGAGGAGCCAAAGGUUGGCGGGAAGGCCGCUGACCCGGCUGGUGGCAGUGCAACCCCCAAGAUGUCUCGAUUCAAGGAUUCGGAGUCAGAGGAGGUAAGCAGCAAUUACCGUGCAAGGGACAACGCCCACCUCCAGCCAACUGCUAGCGAGGCGGAUACAGCCUUGGGCAGCGUUUUUAAGAGCUCUACAAGAAAGGAGACAAAGGAGGACGAAACCAUAGGCGAGCCAUCAUGGAAGGAGCGUGAACAUGCUGCCGCUGAGGAAGAGAAGGAUUUUAGCCAUCUCUCUGACACAACGCCCGCCCUCACCAAGGACAGAGACUCCUCUCCCCCUGCCUCCCCUCCCAGACGGCCUGCCUUGCUGCAGCGCCAGGACUCGGGGCCCAGCAGCAUUAAGGGAAUCCUAAAGAAAAGCCGCUCCACAAGCCUGGAGUCGGACCACAGUGAGGGGACGACGCCGGAAAGCCACCUAGUGAGACAGACCAGUGUCAAGCUCAGCCACCCCCAAAGUGAGGAGGAGGAAGAGGAAGUCGAGGAGGAGGAAGACGAUGCUGAGGAAAAAGAUGAUGAGGAAGAUACACUAAUCAAGGAAAGCACCGAUGAAUGGAGCCUCGGCGUUCAUAGAGACCAGACGGAGGAGGGCAGCAGCAGUAGUGGAGGGAGUUUGGAGGAGGUGCGCAGCCCCUCGCCCGACGAGAGCCCGGAGGAGACACCAUCGCUGGAGAAGACCCCCUCAGUGUCAGAAGAUGGGGAUGAGCUGGAGAGCAGCCUGGAUGGGAGCCUGAGCUCCCCACUCAAACAGAGACUGGUUGAGUUGACCACUUGUGAGGAAGAAUGGAAGAGUCGGCUGAAGAAGACCAAACCCACAGAGACGGUCCAGAAGUCCUUGGCUGACCGCUUCAACCAGCUGCAGGACUCUGAGAGCUCCUGGAAGAAGAAGAAGUCCAGUGCGGACGUGGAGACCAAGAUGUCGCUUGCGGAGAGGAUGAAGAUUCUGCAGGAGAAAGAGGAGCAGUGGAAGAGUAGGGGGAAAGGAGCUGCCAAUGACUCCAUCCAGUUCACCGUAGCCGGACGUAUGGCCAAGAGAGGCCUCGUGUCAGACAUGGGGAAGGACGAGCUUCCCGUUGUCCACCUCAAGAGGUCUUCUUCUACUAAACUUGUCAAACCACAAGAAGAGAUCUCCAGCAGGACGGAUAUCAAGGUGGAGGGUGAUAAGCGGCUGGACAAACUGGAGUCCUUCCUGGACAAGCUUCACAAUAAAGGCAUGGGACAAAGCAGGACGUCCACUAUUGAAGUGACGGCGGAGGCCGAGAAGGAGGUGAUGACCCUAGAUGACGAGGAGACGUUUGGCAGUUUCUACAAAACUGCCUCACCCUCGACACCCAACUCCAGCCUGAUCAUGUCCGAGGAGGAAUUCAGCCAGCUCGAAGCCAACACACCAACACUGACCUCAUCCGUAGCAGAACACAAGCGGGCCGUGCGGCCGGCCAGGAGGAACCAGGGCUCCAGGAACCCUUUACGAGCCUUGGCCGGACGCAUUGACAUCCGCCAGGUCUACACAGAACAGAGGCUUAAUGUGGCCUCUGUUGAGACCAAGAGGAUCCAAGUGGAGAGGAUGUCGAAGCACUCCAACCUGGCUGAUGCAGCUUUGGCGGGCCUCGCUAGCAAAGAGAACUUCCGCAAGGUCAGCCUGCGCAGCGUGAAGUCCACCGAGGUGGUGACCAACAACAGCACGCUGCCCUUCCACAAGCUCAUGCUCAUCCGCAUCAAAGGUCGGAGGCAUGUCCAGGUGCGCCUCGUGGCGCCUGCGGCAAGCUCCCUAAACAGCGGCGACUGCUUCCUGCUCAUCACGCCCAAGCACUGCUUCAUGUGGAGUGGCGAGUUCGCCAACGUUAUCGAGAAAGCCAAGGCGUCGGAGAUGGCAUCCUUCGUGCAGGCGAAGAGGGACUUGGGCUGCAAGGCCCCGCAGGUGACUAUCCUCGAGGAGGGCAUCAACACCGACAACAGGUGGGCCAAAGAGUUCUGGAGCCUCCUGGGAGGAAAGACCCAAUACAGAGGUGCCGGGGAGCCAGAGGAGGAUGAGUUCUAUGAGAGCGGGGUGGUGGACUCCAACGGUGUGUACAGGCUGCAGGGGGAGAAGCUGGUGCCUCACCAGGAGGCCUGGGCCUCCAUCCCCAGCGUCUCCCUGCUCAACUCCAAAGAGGUCCUGGUUUUUGACUUUGGCAGUGAGGUGUAUGUGUGGCAUGGGAAAGAUGUGCCUUUGGGCGACAGGAAGGUUGCUGUGAAACUGGGCAAGCAGCUGUACAGCGGCAGCUACGACUACAGCCACUGCCGGGUCAACCCCCUGGAUGACUCCUCCACCGCUAAAGAUGCCCCGAUGCAAGGGAAGGGCCGUCCCAGCUGGGCUCUGUUUGGCCGGCUGUCGGAGCACAACGAGACGGCCCUGUUCAAAGAGAAGUUCCUGGACUGGGCCGAGAGGAAAAAGGAAGAGCUUGCCCAAGCUGAGGAGGUCAAGAGUCCAGUUCACUCCAGCACCCGUUCCCCGCUUGACCCGGACUUCCAGCCCUGUGAUGCCAAGGCCUUGCUGGACAACGAGCCGGAACCGGUGAAGAGCGUCCUGGAGGGCGUGGACGUCCAGCGGGGUCACGGCCUUGUGCGGACGGAGGACGGCAGGCAGGCGGAGCUGGCCACGGUGGCGGUAGACGCCUGGCACAUCAAGGAGCACAGCGAGGAGGAGCUGCCCAAGGCCAGCCUGGGCCAGCUCCAUGAAGGAGACACCUACAUUAUCCGCUGGAAGUACUCCAUCACCGCCAUCGUGGGGAAGCGGCAGAGGCCCGGCGAGCUGAGCGCGGGUGGUCCCGGCCGGGAGAGGAGCGCCUGUUUCUUCUGGCAGGGCCGCCACUCCAGUGUCAGCGAGAAGGGAACCUCCGCUCUCAUGACAGUCGAGCUGGGCAACCACAGGGGGGCGCAGGUGUUGGUGAGUCAGGGGGAAGAGCCUCCUUGCUUCCUCCAGCUCUUCCAGGGGGCGCUUGUCAUCCACAAAGGCAGCAGAGAAGACAAUACCAACAACACAGGCGGCUGGCGGUUGUUCUGCGUGCGCGGCGAGGCGCCAGUGGAGACGUCCUUGGUGGAGGUGGACUGCCACUGCUCUAGCCUGCGGUCCCGGGCCAGCCUGGUGCUGCUGGGAGCCCACAAAGGGGUUCUGUACCUGUGGCACGGAUGUAAGGCUCAUAUCGGUGCCAGGCAGGUGGCCACCAGGGCUGCGGAGAAGCUCACCCAGGGGCGUCCUUCAGAGUUGGGCCUGGGCAGCACCAGCAGUGUGAAGGUGGAGGAGGUAGAGGAAGGAGCAGAGCCAGCAGACUUCUGGAAGGCUCUGGGCCAGCAAGACAGGAAGGCUUACGACUGCAUGUUACAAGACCCAGGGAAGUACAACUACACGCCACGGCUGUUCCGGCUGAGUGCCAGCUCCGGGGUGUUUGAAGGGGAGGAGCGGUUGAGUCCUGCCAGGGUUCCAGAGGGGGUCAUGGCCAUGCCCUUCCUCCAGGACAACCUGUACUCCGCCCCGCAGCCAGCCCUGUUCAUGCUGGAUAAUCGCAUGGAGGUGUACCUGUGGCAGGGCUGGCAGCCUGACGACAGCCAGUGCACCGGCUCUGCGAAGAUGCGCUGGGACAACCAGAGGAAGUGUGCCAUGGAGACGGUGCUGCAUUACUGCAAAGAGAAGAAUCCUCGGCGCCCCCCUCAGGCCUACCUGACCCUCGCAGGUUGUGAACCACUCACGUUCACCAAUAUUUUCCCCUACUGGGAGAAAGACCCCAGCGUCACCGCACAGGCAGAGGGCGCCAAAAGCAAGGUGACCCUGGUGAAGGAGGCGCUGUCCAAGCUGAGCAAAGAGCAGUACUCUAUUGAGGAGCUGACCCGGAAGCCUUUGCCUGAGGGAGUGGACCCUCUGCGCCUAGAGGACUACCUCUCCGACCAGGACUUCAAGAGCCUUCUGGGGAUGAGUCGGGUGGAGUUCAAUUCCAUGCCAAACUGGAAGCAGAAGAACCUGAAGAAAAGCAAGGGUCUGUUUUAAAGGACAUAAUUUUGUACACAAAAAAAGAGAACUUCAUUCUUCUUCUUUUUUUUUUUUACUUCGUAGCACCUUCUUACUUUUUGUAUUCCUGUUGGAAAUGUGUUUUUUUUUUUGUCAUUUUGUAAAAAAACAAAACCAAAUGUACAUGUGUUAAUCUGUUUAUUUUAACAAUGCCAUUUUAAAGGUGUUCCAUGCCGUUAAAAUAUCGUAGCCAACAAUUAUGUGCAAUUGUUAACUUUUGGUGGAAAGGUGUUCUCCUAAUAUAGCAAGUCUGUUUACCCCUACAGUAUAAAUAUGUAAUAUACUAUAAAUGUAUUUUCUUGUUUCUUUACUGCUGACUGUCAAUCCACGGGAGUAUGUGCAUAUGAAAACUGCCUUUUGGUUUGUAGUGCUCUGCUCAAAUACUACUGGAGUUAUUCACAAGGUUAACCGUUGCCACAUAGAAAAUCCAAACCAGUGUUUUAACAGGCUGAACUGAUCAGCCACACUCACCUAACUUGUAAUCUUGAAAAAACAAAAGGAGAAUUCUAUGCACAACCAAAUCACACCUAGAUUCUAGAACGAUCCUGGUAAUUUUGUGUUUGGCUGACUUAAGUUUGAGACACCCUGCAGAACUCUGUUAUCCCAUGAUGAUACAGCACAUAUGGGGGAGAAAAAAAUUAUUAUUAUUAUUAUUAUUAUUAUUAUUAUAGAACACAAAAAUAGAACAUGGGGUGUUUUUCCUUCUUUCCUUUUCUCUUUCAUCUCAAAUAGAAAAAAGUACAAAAAACAUUACUUAAAUUUAAACAAAAGGAUGUUUUGGGGAAAUACAGUUUCUACUUGGAAAACAUUUAUUUCACUGCAACAUUUUAUUUUAUUUUCAGUGCAAUUUGGAUGUUUAUUUGCAUUUAAUUUUUUUAGCUUUAAAUUGCAGUUAUCCGCCCAUCUUUUCACAGUAAUAAAAACAAUUACAUUUAUAUAGUGCUUUUCCCUCUAUGUUAUAUAUUAUUAACAAUCAUAAUUACAUUUAUAUAGUGUUUUUUCACAUAUAUUAUACAUUAAUAAUUACAUUUAUAUAGUGCUUUUCUGUAUAAAUGUAAUGAAUAUUAUUAUUAUUCAUGUGAAAAGGCGGGCAGAUAACUGCAAUUUAAAGCCAAGAAAGUUCGCAGUGACAUCUUUAACACAUGCUGUGAUUGGUUGCCGUUGUUAUCAUGUCGUGAUGAUGUACUGUAUUUAAAACUGCCGCCUGUUUGAGAGGAGUUUUCUGCCGUUGCAGAGCAGGGAUUGAUCAAAUUUUGUGGAACCUUCAAACAUCGACUGUUGACAACAUUGUAAAACACUUGCAAUCACAGAAUGUUGUACAAAGCAUUAGUCAUGACCAAGUGUCAUAUCAUCUUGAGACUGUUUUUAUUAUUUUCCAAUGAGGGCUUUUGAAAUGAAUCCUCUCAUGAACGCUAAUUGGAGACUGUCUGUGUGCCGGUGAUGACAAGCCUUUGUCAAACUGCUGGUGUGUACAUGUGCAGUGUAAACUGCUUUUAUAACCGUCUGUGACCAUUCUUAUUUUAACUAUGAACUAUUUUUCAAUACAAAUUAUGUUAAUUUGA